CCUGUUGUUUCAAUGUAUGUGCUUUUUGGAGUCUUGCAUGAUCCAAAAAGUUUAUCCCUCUCUCUCUCUGCUGAUGCUUUUUUUUUUUUUUUUUUGGUUAUCUGCUUCUCUCUCGGCCAUCAGUUUCUUGUUCUUGAUUGAAUCUUUUUAACUGCUUAUUAGAGAUUCAUUAGCACCUUCUUCUUUUUCUUUUUGUUAUUUUAUUGUAUCUUUUAUGGCAAUUUUAGUUUCUCGGUUGUAAUUCCAAGAAACUCUGCGAAUUCUUUUGAGUGUAGAAUUUGGAGGGAGCAGCUGAUAUUAUUAUAGUUGGGAGUGAAGUGUGUAAAAGAUCUUUGAUUUGUUAUUUUUUCAAGGAAGGUACCAAGAUGGUGCUUUUAGUAGUCUUAGUGGAUUGAACAGUUUCUCUGUGGAAAUUCUUGUUUCAGUCUCCAAUUUUGAAUUCCCUGAUUUUGAGCUCUGAACUGGUAUAUAUUUGCUUCAAAGGCUAUAACUUGAAAAGGGUUGUGUUUGGUUGCAGUGAAAGUGGUGGUGGUGUGAGAAUUCAGAGGAUAUAUGCAGUUGUAUGACUCCAAAAGAUUCAAUCUUUCUGGUCUUGAAUUCUAAUUUGUUUGUAUCUCCUCAUGUAAAGAUUCAAUUUGUUCACUACGUGGCACGCAGAUAUUCCCCAGUUUCUGCUUUUGUUUUGAUCGUCAUAUAUUUGCUAUAUAAGGAAGAAUCUCCACAAACAUUAAAGAAGAGUUUUUUGUAGCUGUUAUUUUUUGGUGAAAUGAUUACAUUUAUGGAAGCAAAAGAGAGAGUGAAGGAGAAGGAGAUGGAGAAAUGUUUAGACUCUCAACUGUGGCACGCCUGCGCUGGUGGGAUGGUUCAAAUGCCAGCAGUGAACACCAAAGUCUUUUAUUUUCCUCAAGGCCACGCCGAGCAUGCCUCUGGUUCAGUUGAUUUCAGGAACUUCCCUCGUCUACCUCCUUAUAUUCUGUGCAGAGUUUCAGGAAUCAAAUUCAUGGCUGAUCCUGAAACUGAUGAGGUUUAUGCUAAGAUAAAGUUAACUCCAAUUUGUAGUAAAGAGAAUGGUAUGGAAGAUGAAGAAGAAGGUGUAAUUAAUGGAGGAGAAGGGCAAGAGAAUAAGCCUGCUUCUUUUGCUAAGACAUUGACUCAAUCUGAUGCCAAUAAUGGUGGAGGUUUCUCGGUGCCAAGGUACUGCGCGGAGACUAUUUUUCCGAGGUUGGAUUACUCAGCUGAUCCGCCUGUUCAGACCAUUCUUGCUAAGGAUGUUCAUGGAGAAACAUGGAAGUUUAGACAUAUUUAUAGAGGAACACCAAGGAGGCAUCUUUUAACUACUGGAUGGAGUACUUUUGUGAAUCAUAAGAAGUUAGUUGCAGGGGACUCUAUAGUAUUUUUAAGAGCAGAGAACGGAGAUCUUUGUAUUGGAAUUCGAAGAGCUAAGAGGGGAGUUGGUGGUGGUCCCGAGUCUUCAUGGAAUCCGGCCGGUGGGAAUUGUGUUAUGCCUUAUGGAGGAUUUAAUUCUUUUUUCAGAGAAGAUGGGAAUAAGCUAUCAAGAAGUGGAAAUGGGAAUGGUCCUGGUGAGAAUGCUUUAACGGGGAAAGGGAAAGUGAAGGCUGAAUCAGUUAUAGAAGCUGCUACCCUUGCUGCUAAUGGACAGCCUUUUGAGGUAGUUUACUACCCUCGAGCUAGUACUCCUGAGUUCUGUGUUAAGGCUUCUAUGGUGAAAGCUGCAUUUCAGAUCCGGUGGUGUUCGGGGAUGAGGUUUAAAAUGGCAUUUGAAACUGAGGAUUCUUCACGGAUUAGCUGGUUUAUGGGAACUAUUGCUUCUGUUCAAGUUGCUGAUCCUCUUCGUUGGCCCGAUUCGCCAUGGAGGCUCCUCCAGGUUACUUGGGAUGAACCUGACUUGCUCCAAAAUGUGAAGCGUGUGAGCCCAUGGCUAGUAGAAUUGGUAUCAAACAUGCCCGUCAUCCAUCUGUCCCCAUUCUCACCACCAAGGAAGAAGUUGAGAAUGCCUCAACACCCUGAUUUCCCCCUUGAUAGCCAAUUUCCACUUCCAACGUUUUCCGGCAACCUCCUUGGGCCUACCAGCCCUUUUGGUUGUCUACCAGAUAACACUCCUGCUGGCAUGCAGGGAGCCAGGCAUGCUCAUUAUGGUCUACCUUUAUCAGAUCUCCGCCUCAAUAAACUGCAGACAAGUCUAUUUCUGGCUGGUUUCCCGCCACCACUUGAUCAUUCUGCUACACACAGUAUAUCCUCAAAUGGCCCUACCAUUGUAAAGCCUAGCAUGAGUGAGAGUGUAUCCUGUGUGCUAACCAUGGCACGUUCCACCCAGAAUUCAGGAAAACCUGAUAAUGUGAAGACACCCCAGCUUGUACUUUUUGGUCAGCCAAUACUCACUGAGCAGCAAAUCUCUCUUAGCUCCUCCGGCGAUACAGUGUCACCAGUUCUUACUGGCAAUAGUUCAUCUGAAGGAAAUUUAGAUAAGAUAGCGAAUUUUUCUGAUGGCUCUGGAUCAGCGCUUCAUCAACAAGGCCUACCUGAACACUCGUCCUAUGAAGGUUUCCAAUGGUGCAAGGGUAAUCGCCAAGAGACCGAACCCUCCUUGGAGACUGGUCAUUGCAAAGUCUUCAUGGAAUCAGAGGAUGUGGGCCGAACUCUUGACCUUUCAUUGCUCGGAUCUUAUGAUGAAUUGUACAGAAAACUCGCAGAUAUGUUUGGAAUAGAAAACUCCGAGACACUUAACAAUGUUCUUUACCGUGAUAUCGCUGGCAUUGUCAAACACAUAGGGGACGAACCAUUCAGUGACUUCAUGAAGACAGCUAGGAGAUUGACAAUCAUAAUGGAUUCAAGCAGUGACAAUGUAGGAUUGUAAAGGAAGAAACAAACUUUGGUUUUAAACUGUACAGCUGGCUGAUCGAAUCCUUCUUUGUUCCUGAGCCUGACCUUUUAUCAUUCUUCAACUGGUGAGAGGAGAUGCUCCAAUCCAUUUUUUGGACUACUAAGUUAAUGUUUCGCCCAUUGUUGUCUCUUAAUUUCGAAGGAGGAAUAAUCUGAUUUUGAGACUUCCUUUUAAUAUCAUAAUUAAUUCAGCAUUUUAUCGGUUUUGUUUCUUUAGGAUCUCUUUUUCUUUUUGAUUGCCAGGCAAGUCUUAGAAAUACAGAGUCUUCUGUAGCAUAUGCUCUUUGUAACAAAGGUUUUGUUUUUCUUUUUUUCUUUGAUUAUGUAUUGAAGCCUUCUGAUCAUUAGACGUAAAUGCAAAUGCAGAUUCCAACAUUCCAACUUGA